CUUGGCGAGGUCGCCUUUUGCGUUGGCACAGAGAUUCGUUUGUGCAUGUUUUUAGUCGUAAUCCCGGACCGAGGAAACCCGCGUACACAUUUUUAUCUCUGUGCCCGUUCGCGAGUCUCCACGGAAAAAAAACGAAAGUGAUGAAGUGUAAUUUUGUGCGCGAACGUAUAGGGCGUAGCCAGGCAUCGUGCAAAAUCGCCUGAAAACGAGCGACGACAAGGUGGUGCGUGACAGUCUGAGGUCUACCAUUGGAAAGGAUAUCUUGUUGUCUUUUUCGCACCUAGUGGUAUUUUGCGUACUCGCGGGUUCGCUGCUGCAUCAUCGUCGUUCUUUCUCUCUCUCUCCCUUUUUCUCCUACCUCUCCUUCUAGCUCCGUGUCUCGUAUACUACUCAUCGUAACUAUAUUAUACGCGCUAUACGGACGAAAAUUGAAGACGUCCACGCAUGGUGCAGCAAAGUUGAUUGCAACAAAGUUCCGAAUUCAAGUACGAGGUGGACGAUCAACAUGAACAGCAGAUGACUGUUAGCCGAGCUCUGAUGCUCGUUCAUCUUUAAUAUGAGUGAAGUAGUGACUGUAACACCUAGUGGUGGAUCGACGACACGCCAGGAAAGCGUGGCACACAUCAAAAGGCAUAAAUUAGCCAACUGUAAUGUUCCUCUUGUGCACGGACGGUCAAAUCCACCGAUCAACACCCGUAAUAGGCUGACCACGCAUCAACGGAAUCACAGUUUGGACUUUAGGUCAAUGGGUAUUCUGUUGCCGCCGGUUCCGCAGGCGAGCGCAACGACGCUGACGCAUCAUCACCGAAAUCGAAGCCUGGACUCAGCGCUGCAGCGUAUCCCGGAAGUGGACGUGACACCGAGUCCAGAAUGCGAGACGACUCCGGCCCCAGUAGCUAAAGCGACCGCGGUACCGGCGUGCAAGGCGCGCAGCCGGGAACGCGAGGAUCUCGCGAGUCUCGGGUCUGACGACUCGGGUAUACUUUGUGGUUCCGAUAGCGGUUCCAGCGACGCCACCAACGCCGCCACCAGAGAGUCGAGCGUCGACCAUCUGCACAGCCGCGAGAGCCUCGACUCCUCGUUAUCUCAACCGGGUGACAUGGAUAGCGUGGACGUGGUGGACGGCGAGGAAAGUGGUGGUCCAGUGGUCACAGUGUCGUUGUCGGUGCCAGUGUCGCCUGUGGAACUGGUGCACUUGAGUGAACCUUCGUCUAAAACCAUUAUUAUCGGUGAUCUUAGUAGUAGUAGUAGUAGUAGUGAGCCGCAUAAACACGAGAACAACGUAACCAGUGGUGAUACAGGUUCACAGGAACUCAGGUCUGCUAAUAACAAUAAUAAUAAUAUUAAUGUCUGUAUGGUGAAAGAACUGGUAGAAAGCCACGAGUACGGACACGAUGAACAACGAUGCACCGAUAUGAGUGGAGUGACGCGAGACUUUAAAAAUUCAUUGGAAAUCUCGCCUGUGAACGAUAAACAGAGUGAACUGGCGGGUGCGGCUAUGACAUUGUGUUGUGGGACCGCCGUGCAAUCUGAGACUAGCGAGGCAGCUGUGAAAAAGCAGACUGGUGUCGUUUGUCGGCGAGAAGAGACGGUACAACCGAAACCAUCCGAGGGAUGUUUGCUCAGAUUGUUCGAAAGUCAGAUAUUUGACAUGUCCAUGGCGAUCUCUUAUUUGUUCAAUUCUAAAGAGCCUGGCGUUCAGAGCUAUCUUGGGAACAAGAUGUUUAGUUUCCCAGAUAACGAUGUGGACUUCUACUUGCCACAGCUAGUUGUAAUGUACAUACAACUUCACGAUGUUACAGAAGUCCUUUAUCCAUAUCUUGUCCAUAGGUGUAGACAGUCGGCUGAUUUUUCGUUGAAAUGUGCCUGGCUAUUAGAUGCAUAUAGUUCCGACGCUCAUUUGCCAUCCAAAAAGAAGUCUCAUGGGACCAAAUUAAAAAAUCUUAUUCUCUCAGAUGAACUCAGGCCAAAAGGAAAUGAGAAUAAAAAACGUGUAACUGGAUUACAAACCCCCGCACCGCUACCAUUAAUUCCGAUGCAAAGCGUUACAUCUCCUAAUAAAAAGACACACCAAAGAUCUCAGUCUGAUGCCACUGGAUUAUUUCAGACUCUACGUCGUAGCCAUUCCGGUACAAUAAAUAAAGUAAGUCUUGGGGACCUGAGCUCUGGUCGAGCAUUUGACAAUGGCUGUACCUGUUUUUAUUCCUGCCAAGGUGUGGUAAAUGAUUUACGAGGACAGAAAACCGACUGCUUUUGCAAUGCGCCACGUCUUGCUCCAGAACUCGAAUUUAUACAAGCAUUAAUAUCAAUUGGUAAAUUACUUGGAACUAUUCCAACAAAGGAAAGUAAAACUGUUCAAUUAAUAGCGGAGCUUAAUACUCUCAAUUUGAAUCUUCCUGCAAGGGUGUGGCUUCCUUUGCACAGUUCAAUACCACAUCAUAUCGUACGAGUGCCACCGCAAUACGCUGCUGUCCUUAAUAGCAAGGAUAAGGCACCAUACAUAAUUUAUGUUGAAGUGUUAGAAGUAGAAGAUAUUUAUACGUCACCUGUACCGACGAAAAUAGUGGGAUGUUCAUUGAGGCAUACUAAAUCUGAGGAAAAUUUAACUGGAGGUGAACAGUCUAAUGUAAUUGGUUCAACAAACAUAUCCACUUCAGAAACACAACAACAAAACAUGCCACCGAUUAGGCAAACUCCGGUUAAAAAUAUUUCCCCGUAUUCAGUGAGAAGUACGGAAGUUGCAUUUAGUUUUCCUGAUGAUGAUCCUAACGAUUGUUGGAGUCAAGAAGACGAUGAAAUUACACAACAGUAUUUACAACUUCGUAAGCCAAAAGAUAGAGAUACGAUAUCUCAAUUAAGUCAAGAAUCAUCAGAUAGUAAAGAACCAAUAUUUGUACCUGGUGAUAUAAAGAGGCGGUUAAGUGAAAUGGCUGCUGCGCCUAGUGCAACGUUUAACCAUGACCCGGAAGAUCCGUCAGCUGCCGUUCUGAAAGAACCAUGGGAAUUAAAGCAACGUCGCAUAAGGUCUUCCAGUCCAUACGGUCAUUUGGCAUCUUGGAAACUCCUCGCUGUUAUCGUGAAAUGUGGCGAUGAUCUUCGACAGGAACUUCUUGCUUCGCAGUUACUUUCCAUGUUACAAAAGAUCUGGCAAGAUGAACAAGUACCUCUUUGGGUGCGGCCAUACAAAAUUUUAUGCUUAUCGAAUGAUAGUGGUUUAAUCGAACCAAUUUUAAAUACUGUAUCACUUCACCAAGUGAAGAAACAGUGCCAAUUAACGCUUUAUCAAUAUUUCGAAAGAGAAUUUGGCCCGUCUACGUCUGAUUCAUUUACUAUAGCGCAAAGAAAUUUCAUUCAAAGUUGCGCCGCAUAUUGUCUUGUCUGUUAUCUCAUUCAGGUUAAAGAUCGUCACAAUGGAAAUAUUUUGCUUCACUGUGACGGUCACUUAAUACACAUAGACUUUGGAUUUAUUCUUUCAACUUCGCCAAGAAAUUUAGGAUUUGAGACGAGUCCGUUUAAAUUAACUCCCGAAUUUGUGGAAGUGAUGGGUGGAAGCCAAUCUAAGCAAUUUCAAGAAUUUAAAACUUUGAUUCUCCAAGGGCUAAUUGCAGCGCGGAAACACAUGGAAAAAAUUGUUAAUCUUGUGGAGAUCAUGUUAUCAGGUUCGCAACUUCCGUGUUUCCGUAGUGGCGGAGCAGCAACAGUUCAGGGGUUGAAAAACAGAUUCCAUCUCACAUUAACAGAGGAUCAGUUACGUCGGCAUGUAGAAGAUUUAGUCGAAGCUAGUAUCCAUUCGUGGUCUACUAAAUUAUAUGAUCGGUAUCAAUAUUUCGCAAAUGGCACUCUUUAAUAAUAAUAUCAAUUUUUAUCCAUACGGCAAGGAUAAUGAUUUUUAUAAGAAAG